GUGCCACAAAGUCAUGUGAAACUCAACAACCAGCAACUAUUGCUCCCUGUCGAUCUGCAAAUCUGUUCUCCUCCUCUUCUCCCUUUUGGUUUCCUUCCACACUGCCCCCUCUUCCCCCCUCCUCCUGCCUGCCAGUCCAGAUUUUCCAGCCGGCUGCUGGAGCCGACUUCCUCAAACUUUUUGGAAUAAAACUAGCAUCCAUAACUGUCCACUCUGAUACGUGCCUGUGCCUUCCUCUCCAGAUCAGAGAACAGACUAAUAUCAGGAUGUGGGGGUUCAGUAUCCUGUUACUGUUGCUGCCAUCGGUGGUGAGUUCUGCUCUAUACCCAGAGGAGAUGUUAGACACACAGUGGAAGUUGUGGAAGAAAUCCUAUGGAAGAGAAUAUAACAGCAAGGUGGAUGAGAUCUCUCGACGUCUGAUUUGGGAAAAGAACCUGAAAUACAUCUCCACCCACAACCUGGAAUUCUCUCUAGGUCUUCAUACAUUUGAGCUGGCUAUGAAUCAUUUGGGAGACAUGACCAGCGAGGAGGUAGUACAGAAGAUGACUGGACUGAAGGUGCCCCUGUCUCGCUCCCAGAACAAUGAUACCCUCUAUUUCCCUGACCAGGAGGGCAAAACCCCCGAUUCCAUCGACUACAGAAAAAAGGGAUAUGUCACCCCCGUCAAAAAUCAGGGUCAGUGUGGCUCCUGCUGGGCCUUCAGUUCUGUGGGUGCGUUGGAAGGCCAACUCAAGAAGAAGACUGGUAAACUCCUCAACCUGAGCCCCCAGAACCUUGUGGACUGUGUGUCAAAAAAUGAUGGCUGUGGCGGGGGGUACAUGACCAAUGCCUUCCAGUAUGUGCAGGAGAACCGGGGCAUAGACUCGGAAGAUGCUUACCCUUACAUCGGCCAGGAUGAAAAUUGCAUGUACAACCCUACUGGCAAGGCUGCAAAAUGCCGGGGGUACCGAGAGAUCCCUGAAGGGAGCGAGAAAGCCUUGAAGAGGGCAGUGGCCAGAGUGGGACCCGUAGCUGUUGCAAUCGAUGCAAGCCUGUCCUCUUUCCAGUUCUAUAGCAAAGGUGUGUAUUAUGAUGAAAACUGCAACAGCGACAAUCUCAACCAUGCAGUGCUGGCUGUGGGAUAUGGGAUUCAAAGGGGUACCAAGCACUGGAUCGUCAAAAACAGCUGGGGGAGAGCAGUGGGGCAACAAAGGUUACAUCCUGAUGGCCCGGAACAAGAACAACGCCUGUGGUAUUGCCAACCUGGCCAGCUUCCCCAAGAUGUGAUUGUGGCCAUUUGACUUCCUUCGACCCUUUCUUCCCACCCUCCUUCUGUUCUUGCAAGGUGGGGGGUGCCCUUUGGAAAGGAGCUGGCCAGUCUCUCUUGGAGCAAGCUUGGUGGUCUGAAGAUGGUUCACCUACAAUUUACCUUUUAGUAUUACAAAGUGCCCUUCAGAUGACCUCCUCCUCCUCCUCUCCCUCCUCUUCCUCUUUCCCUUCCUCUCCCCAACCCCUACCUCUACUUGUCUUCCUUUGAAGUGUCAGGGUCAGGUGUGAGGUACAAGGGGUAGAACAUGCCCAUGGCCAGUGAGGUGUGAACAGGCAGGCUGUCCUGGUGCUGCUGCUGUGCCCACGUGAGGAGAGCUUGGGGAGCUUCCAAACAGAGCUGACUCUCACCCAGCUAGAACAAGUCAGCCCUUUGUCCUGCCUAGAGGCAGAGACACGGACAACGACGUGGAAUGAUGUCAGUCAUUCAGGGUUCUGUUCAUCCGGGUCUGUGAGUCGCCAAUAAUCUCUUCCUCAUCCUCAAAAGUGAGAGGUGCCUGCUUUCCAUCUUAUUUCAUGAAACUAUGAUUUUCUUAUUUUGUAGUAAGUUUAGAUUAUACCGGAAAUAUGUAUUUUUCUCUCUCUGUUUAAAUAUUUUGAAAUAAACUGAGUACUGAUCACUUG